UUCUCCGUUGGUCCUCUCCGGGCUAGGCGGUUUGCGUUGAACGAGGGCUGGACGUCAGAAGGCGGGGAGGGUCUGUCUGCUGUUGCCGCUUCCCGCUUCGCCCGCGGGCCGUUUCCUUCCGUGGCCUCUGAACCGCUUCCUGGGGCCAAUAUGAGUUUGUUUGGGUCAACAUCAGGGUUUGGAACGGGAGGCACCAGCAUGUUUGGCAGCACUGCUACGGAUAACCACAAUCCAAUGAAGGACAUUGAAGUUACUUCUCCUCCUGAUGACAGCAUUGGUUGCUUGGCUUUCAGUCCACCAACAUUGCCGGGUAAUUUCCUUAUUGCAGGAUCGUGGGCAAAUGAUGUUCGUUGUUGGGAAGUCCAGGACAAUGGGCAGACUAUUCCAAAAGCACAGCAGAUGCACACAGGGCCUGUGUUAGACGUUUGUUGGAGUGACGAUGGGAGUAAAGUGUUUACAGCCUCUUGUGAUAAAACUGCCAAGAUGUGGGACCUCAACAGUAACCAGGCAAUACAAAUUGCACAGCAUGAAGCGCCUGUUAAGACUGUCCACUGGAUUAAAGCACCAAAUUAUAGCUGUGUAAUGACUGGAAGCUGGGAUAAAACACUCAAGUUUUGGGAUACGCGAUCGCCAACUCCAAUGAUGACGCUGCAGUUGCCCGAGCGGUGUUACUGUGCUGAUGUGGUAUACCCUAUGGCUGUUGUGGCUACUGCAGAGAGAGGUUUGAUAGUUUAUCAGUUAGAGAAUCAGCCUUCAGAAUUUAGAAGAAUAGACUCUCCGCUUAAACAUCAGCAUCGCUGUGUGGCGGUUUUUAAAGACAAAGUGAACAAACCAACUGGGUUUGCCCUUGGAAGCAUCGAAGGAAGAGUAGCCAUUCAUUACAUUAACCCACCAAAUCCUGCCAAAGACAACUUCACAUUCAAAUGUCACCGUUCCAAUGGCACAAACACAUCUGCACCUCAGGAUAUUUAUGCCGUAAAUGAAAUUGCUUUUCAUCCCGUCCACGGCACUCUUGCGACUGUAGGGUCUGACGGCAGAUUCAGCUUUUGGGAUAAAGAUGCCCGGACCAAGCUGAAAACGUCAGAGCAGCUGGACCAGGCGAUAUCUGCCUGUUGCUUCAACCAUAAUGGCAACAUUUUUGCAUACGCUUCCAGUUAUGACUGGUCAAAGGGACACGAAUUCUAUAACCCGCAGAAGAAGAACUAUAUCUUUCUGCGCAACGCUGCUGAAGAGCUAAAACCCAGAAACAAGAAGUAGUGAGUAUCAUUCAUUCAGAGCGUCUGUUUCAGCACUGCCUUUUUGCCGUGUGCCGCUGUCGGGUCUUCUGGUCGCCUGUUUUGAAUCGGCAACUUGCUGCUCCACAGGGACUCUGUAACUAAUAACCAAGCACAUUCUCACAGGCUGGGAAACUAUCUUUUGAGUGACUUUGUUUUACGCUGCACCAGGGCUGCCAGGCACAGGCGUGAAGAUCCAUUGGUUUCUUUAACCGUUCCGGUAGCCCCGCAUUGGACUGAGAAGCACCGCUUGUAUCCUGAGUAACUGCUCGACAAUAAAAGUAUAUUUUACAAAUACUUCGGGGGAGAAACAUGCGUUGCCGGCAAACUUAUUUUUUCCCCCUUGCUUGAGAGCUCCACCGGGGAUGGGGAAAUCACCCAAAGGGGCCUUUUUUUGUUUGUUGUUUCACAGAAAUAGAAGUUUUAUUUUUACCUACAGGUCACCUAGAUGAAAACGUGCGCGUAACAUUUGUUGCGUCUUUUGUAUUUUGCGUAGCGUUUUCACUCUCAUGAGUGUGCUGGGGCAAAGAUCCCAGGUAGAGAGAGACCAAGUAGGCAUUUAUAACGAUGCGUUCCAAUACUUCAGUUCUGAUUUUUCACAGUUGCAUCCCCUUUAACAUAGAAUGCCAGGGGAUGUUAAUUUUGAGAUGUGGGUGAACCACUAGGCGCUCAGGGCAUUCUUUCCAGCCCUGUCUCGACAGCGGUAAUGUCCUUAGAACUGUUCCAUGAUUCCAGCCUAGAGGCCUCGGUGUCAAUGUAGACAGGUCUUCUGAGUCUGCUGUUCAUUUCCUCAGGUCCUGCCAUAUGGGCCCCUGAGCAUGCACUGCAAAAGCUCCUGUCUGUGCUUGUGGUAUCGAGUAAGAGGAAGCUAUGGCUUCAAGAAUGAUUUGUGUGAAUGUGCCACAUAAUGCAACUACUGUGGUGAUCUCUUUCAUGCCCUGCAGGGCUGCACAUGCAGCUAUUUUCAGAGGUCUUCCACAUAGGAAGAGCCUCCCCCCAUGCCAGUUUCAGUAUCUUAAGACAAGCAAGCGUCAUCAGACGACCUGUGUGGAAGAAAUUGUGUGGAGGCUUCUGUAAAGGUUCUGUAGGCCAGGUUUGUUGUCCUUAGAAAUGCCAAAAGAUUGUCUUUAAAAAAAAAAAGUAAGCCGGGUGCCUAUUUGUGUUCAUAAGGAGUGGAGGGGGUAAUGAGGAGAACUGGAACUUGUAUACCGAGAUGCUUCUC